AUGGCGCUGCCCAAGGGUAUACGCAUUCUGGCGGCGGCCACACUAUGUAUCUUUUUCUACAUGGUUGUACAGAUUUUCAAGGCUCCCGAGUCCCUCGAGGCGCCAGGGAGCGGGAAGUUGGGAAAGUUAGACAAAUGGACCAAAGACCCCCAAUUAGAUCCAUCCGGAGAACCCCCAGAGCCCCUCCGAAGAGUCGAGGGCGACAACUACGAGCCCAACAACCCCAACUCAGCCCGGAUUAAUGCCACGAUACUCUCGCUGGUGCGCAAUGAGGAAUUGGACGACUUGCUGCAGUCUAUGAACGACCUCGAGCGAACAUGGAACCACAAAUUCAACUACCCCUGGACCUUCUUCAACGACGUCCCCUUCACAGAAGAGUUCAAGAAGCGCACGCGAGCUGCCACAAAAGCCGCAGUCCAUUACGAAAUCGUGCCCAAAGAGCACUGGGACGUGCCCAGCUGGAUCAACAUGGACCUCUUCGGCGAAUCCGUGUCCGUCCUCACCGAGCAAAAAGUGCAAUACAUGCCCAAGCUCUCCUACCACCAGAUGUGCCGGUGGAACAGCGGCCUCUUCGUGAAACACCCCGCGCUCGCGCACACGCAGUACUACUGGCGCGUGGAGCCCAAGGUGCACUUCUUCUGCGACGUCGACUACGACGUCUUCCGCUGGAUGCAGGACCACAACAAGACGUACGGCUUCAACAUCAACAUCUACGACUCGCCCGAGUCGGUCACAACGCUGUGGCCCGAGACGCGCAAGUUCAUGGCGGACCACCCGGAGUACCUGAAGGAGAACAACGCGAUCGAGUGGCUGCAGGAUAAGGAGCGGCGGCCGGGGCAUAAUAAGCUCGCGCAUGGAUACUCGACGUGCCAUUUUUGGUCGAACUUUGAGAUUGGCGAUAUGGCGUUUUGGCGCAGCCAGGCGUACCAGGACUACUUUGACCAUCUGGACCGCGCGGGCGGGUUCUUCUAUGAGCGGUGGGGUGAUGCGCCGGUGCACUCGAUUGCGCUGGGGUUGUUUGAGGAUAAGAGCAAGAUUCAUUGGUUCCGUGAUAUCGGGUAUCAACAUAUCCCCUUCUUUAACUGUCCUAACAGCCCUAAGUGCAAAGGCUGUGUUACUGGUCGCUUCACCGACGGAGAGGCGUGGCUGAACCAGGAGGACUGCAGGCCGCUGUGGUUUAAGUAUGCAGGUAUGGAUUAG